GGAUACAGAAAUAAACGAAAAGACAAGCUAUUAGCAUUGAUAUAGUCCACUAGAAAUAUUUUAUUGUCGCUCUUACUCACUUUUAGGAAUUUUCACUACAUGUAAUGAAUGUGUAGUGGACAUGUAGUGGGAUGUAGUGGGGUGUAGUGGACAUGUAGUGGGAUGUAGUGGACUUGUAGUGGGGUGUAGUGGAAAAUCUCUUGUAGUGUAAGUUAACUUGUAGUGUAGUGUAGUGUUGUUUUUUCCCCCUUGAAGGAAACCCAUAUAACAGAUCAUCGUCUAUUAGAAUUAACUGAUAGUGUAGCUCGAGAAUUUAAUGUUUGAUUUGGUUUUAGUACAUUACCUGAAAUAUGUCGUCUAAAUCCAAUUAUAAUCAAUUCUACACAACAUGAAGAUAAUUAUUCAGUAGAUUUUGAAAAUUUAAUACCAACAGGACGUAUAUUAAUUGAUUAUACUGAUCAUAAAUGUCUUCUUGAAAUGCAAAAUGAACCAACAUUAGAAAAAGAUGAAACAUUUAUAUCGCCCAUGGGGAAAUUUUAG